AUGGAUGUCCAGGAGCGAGGUCAAAUUCUUCACCCACAUUUUCUCGAUGCCGAUGGAUACGGUUACAUUCGUGACCGCACUCCUCGACAAGGCUUGCCGUGUAUGGACUGCUUCUCACCGCGAUCCUUGGGUGAGGUACCGUGUAAAAGCAGCUAUGAAGCUGCCGAAUAUUACCGACUUCCUAGCUAUGUUGAGCCCGUACCAUCGCACAUCACCAAGGACGAGCUUCAACUCCUAGACCAUAAGCGUGCCCUGCUGGUACCAGAUGAUAAGGUUAAGCAAAAACUAUGGAUAGCAUAUUGGAAAUAUGCGCACCCAUGUAUGCCUGUUUUAGACCAAAUUCAAAUGAGCAAAUCCGUACGAGGUUGUGGCGAAAAGAUCAGCAUGUUACUCUACCAAUGUAUCAUGCUUGUUGGUCAGGUGUUCCUCAACGCCUACGAGAGCCCCCUUUACUACGGUGCUGAUACCCAAGAAUUGUUUACAAGGGUUCGAGCUCUCUAUGAACUAGGCUGGGAGAAUCGACCCCUGACUAUUCUUCAGUCCUUGUUACUCAUGACCUAUUUCCCACAAAAGAUCAACGAACCCAAGGGUCAGGCUUCCUUGAUUGGAGAUGCAGUCUCUAUGGCCUACAGAAUGGGACUUCACCGUGACCCAACAAAUCUCAAGAUCGAAGCCUCCCUUUUCCACCUACGAAAACGUCUGUGGUGGAGUGUCUUCGUCCGAGAGCGUACUUUGAUUCUUGACCAGGGAACACCGUGGAUAAUAGACGACACCGAUCACGACGUGCCGAUGAUAACGAUGGACGACUUCUGUCUCACUGAGACCAGCAAAGAUAUAGGAACGCAAGUCUCUCCGGUUGAUUUGAACGACACAAGCAGACGGCGAAAAAUUGCUAUCAUGUGGAUUGAAAAAGCAAAACUAGCGGUGAUUAUGGGGCGAAUUCCACCCAUAUCAGUCCGUAUCCCAGAGAUUAAUUCGAGCUUCUUUGAGAAGCCAUGGCUCCAAAGUGGUCUACCUCGCGGCUUUCAAUCAGUCAAUGAUGUGGUAACUCUGCUGCUCGGUAGGCGGAUUUUUGCUUUCUGGGCCGCAAAGUGCGUCUAUCCUGCCUUCUUCCCUACGCAGGGUUUCCAGCAUCGCCAAUCUUACCAUGCGGGUAUUGCGGAAAGGAAAUUCCGCUGA